AUGGCUCGUGGAAAGAUUCAGAUGAAGAAAAUCGAGAACCCUGUUCACAGGCAAGUCACCUUCUGCAAGCGUCGUGCAGGGCUUCUUAAGAAGGCUAAGGAGCUCUCUGUGCUGUGCGAUGCUGAAAUUGGCGUCGUCAUUUUCUCCGCUCAUGGAAAGCUUUAUGAACUAGCCACCAAAGGGACCAUGCAAGGCUUGAUUGACAAGUACGGCAAGACUUGCCGGGGAAGAGCUCCGGCUGAGCAAGCCAAAGAAAAGGAACCUCUGGACCCAAAAGACGAGAUAAGCAAGCUAAAGCAAGAGAUUGAAGUCCUCCAGAAAAGUCUAAGGUACAUGUCUGGAGGAGGAGCUGGGACAAUGACCUUAGAUGAACUGGAUGUACUCGAGAAACACCUCGAAACUUGGAUAUAUCAUAUACGUUCGGCAAAGAUGGAUAUCAUGUUUCAAGAGAUCCAGUUGCUGAAGAAUAAGGAGGGAAUACUGAAGGCAGCUAACAAGUACUUACAAGAAAAGAUGGAUGAACAGCAUAGUGUUGUUACUGACAUGGUGCCGCUGAUGACUACUGCUACUAACAUUCAAUAUCCACUAACUAUACACAGUGAGAUAUAUCAGUUCUAAUUUUGAGUGCUUUUUGUGUAAUGAGUAUUGAACUGCAGACUAGUGU